AUGCCCGGGGGAUCUGAGGAAAAGCUCCCUUUUGGACAGGGGACUCCAGCCUGGCUCGACUACUUCGCUUCGGUUACAGGUUGCAAGGCCCUUGUAGAGGAGUACCUCAAGCUAACGCAUGACUACAGCUCAGUAAGGGAACUAUACGAUCCUUAUGAUGCUAAAGCCGUUGAAAGAAUGCUAUUGGAAAUGCUCCUUCAAAAAUUCCGGGAUCUCAACGGGCAAACUUCCCCCAUAGAAGAGGACAGUUCUGCUGAUACUGAUGCUGAUGAUGUUCUCAUUGCUCCUCUGAGCUUACCAGUGUAUACGGCGUUGACUGACAAGCAUUUCGACCUGGUCACGCAAGUGCUCUCACAUGCACUAGAAAACCUUACAAAAGACAAGAAGGCUGGCCAGGCUCUCACGGAUCAGGUUAUCAACACUCGUGAUGAUAUAGUCUCAUUACUCUUGCCAAAACAAGGCACUAGGCUAGCUGAAGAAGGGGAUAGUAAGGGAGGUUCGUCGUCCAUUGAAACCUUGACGGAGCCAGUAGCUGCUUGCCAUGCGAAAAGAGGAGGAGCCGAUGACGAAGCGAAACAGGUGUUUGGGUUGGAUUUCGCCCCGACUAAAGUGCCACCUCAUAGGAGGAGGGAGAUGAUGGCAUGUCUCUUUAUAUUUUCAAUGCAGCUAGUGUCGCUGCUGCUGGCCUGUCUGGCCAUCUAUUGUUGGAGAGUCACCUGGCCUUUCAUAGUAGCUUAUGCAACAUACGUGUAUAUCGACACAAAAUACUAUACUCGACAUAUUCGGCCUGUGGGUAAGUUCUUCCGCAACUCUCCCCUUAUGAGGAACUUCGCCAAAUACUUUCCAGUUCACCUUAUUCGAGACGAACCCGCUUCCUCCAGUUUCACCCCAAAGAAGAGUUACAUGAUCGGCUAUCACCCGCAUGGUAUUCUCUCAAUUGGAGCCUCGACAGCUUAUGGGACCGACGCGAGUGGUUUCGAUCAGAAGUUCCCUGGCAUCACCCCUAGGCUUUGCACUCUCUCGCCUAUAGAAGUGACCCAGAAAGACCACCCCACAAGUGAUGACAUUGAGGCUCUGAAGGAGAAGUAUAUCGCGGCAUUACGAGCUCUCUUUGACAAGUGGAAGGUUCGCUUACAGCCUAAUGCCGAACUCAUAAUACUCUAG